CCAAUAAACCCAGAAGAAGUAGCGGACAGCUUUCAUCAGACUUAACGGAUUAAAAACACAUUUUCUCAAUGGUAGUAUUGCUCAAGAAUGUUUAAAGCAUAUACUUAUACCGGUGAAGUUUUGUGGGAGGCAGUUAAAGUCACAGACAGUUUAUAGCUGAAGAAUACAUCGCGAACAUACUGCUAUUCCGGAGUUGUCCAACUCCUGGGUGCAUAUGAAAGAUGAUGAGAGGGUACGAGAGAUCCUGCAGUCCAUGCAGAAGGCUGGCUCCAACACCCUGCAGGUGAUCUCGGAUUUUGACAUGACACUUACAAGAUUUGAACAUAACGGGAAAAGAUGCCCUGAUUGUUAUAAUAUUCUUGAAAGAAGCAAUGUAAUCUCCAGCGACUGUAAAGAAAAGCUACAGGAGCUGCUCGACAAAUACUACCCCAUAGAGAUCGACACUAAGCGGUCAGUAGAGGAGAAGAUGCCUCUUAUGGUGGAGUGGUGGACAAAGGCUCACGAGCUGCUGGUGAAUCAGAAAAUUAAGAAAGACAGGUUAGCCGAGGCGGUGAAGGACUCUGAAGCCAAGCUGAGGGACGGCUACCAGUAUUUCUUCGACCACCUGAAUGAGCACAGCAUCCCCCUGCUCAUCUUCUCUGCUGGAAUAGGAGACAUCCUGGAAGAGGUGAUACGCCAGACUGAGGUCUUCCACCCAAAUGUCAAGGUCAUCUCCAACUACAUGGACUUUGAUGAGUCUGGGGUGCUGAAGGCUUUCAAAGGAGAACUGAUUCACAUCUACAAUAAAAAGGAAGGUGCGCUGCUCAACACCGGACAUUUCCAGGAGCUGCGCACGCGGACAAAUGUGCUACUACUGGGAGACUCUCUAGGGGAUCUGAACAUGGCUGAUGGAGUGCAGGACAUGAAGAACAUCCUCAAGAUCGGCUUCCUUAAUGACAAGGUGGAGGAGAGGAAACAAUCAUACCUGGACUCAUAUGACAUUGUGCUGAUAAAGCAUGAAACCUUGGGUGUCCCAAAUGCAGUUAUACGUUUUCUAACUGACAGUAAUUAAACUGUGACUUGAUAUUGGACACUCUGGGACCAUCAGCUGAGAAGGCCCAAGCUGGCCCAGAAACUUUCAGCUGGAUUGUUACUGACAAUCACCGAAGAAUCUUCAACACUGCCUAUCACCCCUGCUUUUAAUCUAAAAACGGCCUUAAAAAAAAAUCAACUGCAAUUUUUAUCUGAUGUUUGACACUUUGCUCUCAGAAAAAGAUUUUUGUAUUUUUUUUUCUUACCAAUUUGUAAUUUUAACUUUUAACUGUUUUCACAUCACAGAAAUGUGAUGUGUUACUGUUCUUUCUAAAACCUUAAAUUAAGCUGCUUUCGGGCGCUCCCUUUAGGAGUCACCACAGUGGAUCAUCUGCCUCUAUCUUACCCUAUUCCCUGGCAUCCUCCUCUGUCACGCCAACCCUCUGCACGUCCUCCUUCACUGCAUUUUUGAACCUCCUCUGUGGCAUUUCCAUUUUCCUUGUACCUGGCAGCUUCAUGUUCAACAUCAUUUGUCAAAUGUAUUCACUAUCCUCCUCCUCCAUAUGUCCAGAGCAUCUCAACUUUGCCUCUCUAACAUGACCUCCAAACUGUUCAAGCUGACCGCUCUCUGUUUUAUAACUUGGCAUCUGGGUCUCCAAACCAUACAUGAUGGCAGACAUCACUACUAUCUUGUAACUGUUCACCUUCACUCUUGCUGCUGCCCUCCUGUCACAAAUCACCAUCAACCUCAAUCUCCAGCCACUCCACCCUGCACUCUUCUUCACGUCUCUCGUGCAUGUUCAAAAAGCAUUUUCUUUGUUGGUCUAAUCGUCCGCUGACGGUGUGGCAUAACAGUUUAUGAUUUGUCCUGUUGUCCAAAAUAAUUACCUAUUUAUUUUCAGCUAUGCCAGAAAUAAAACUACACAAACACA